CGCACUUCUCCGUACACCGGUGGUGCGCGCUUCGCAAGUGCGUCUUGCCCGUCGAACGCGUCGUGUGUGACACUUGACAGCCGGGAGUGCCGGCAGGGACGAAUUUCGAGAUACGAUCGCGCAUCUUAACGGCUGCCGAGGAGCCGCGUGAGUACACUCGCACCGGCGUCAUCGAAAAGCCAAGCGAGGGCACGGCGAAGGUUGGUUGACGGGCCGCGCGUCGCUCGAUUUUCGGGGCGGUUGCCCGCUCAGCGUUUCCCGCACAUCCUGGUUUAUGAGCCCGGGCGGCGGUACAUUUGCGGCACAUCUCGCGGCGACGCGGACGAGUCAGGAGCGUCAUGGAGCAGCAGAAGGUGACCGAAGGGCUGGCAGUCCAGGAGGAGGCUUCGAAACUCGUCGACGUGGACCCUCUGGCAAGGAUGAAACGCGACCACGAGUCCAUGGACGACUUUGAGCACCUGGAGCACGACGUCGGGGCCCGAGCCGAGUCUCAGCAAUUGAUAGACCUGCCUCCAGGGACCACUGCGUCGGAGAGUGCUUCAGGUGGGCCUGAUCAGGGGGGUCCAGGAAGUGGGUUCGGAGCGAACCUCCUUGACUCGAGCGUGCCUCCAGGAGAGGAGGAGCUCAAGCCGGAACGGACCACUCCGGCCACGCCGCCACCCUCUGCCGACUCGGAGAAACUCUCCGACCCUGCUCACCAGCUGUCCGCACCACUGGAUAAGCAGCUCGACCAGGUCGCCCAGCUCUGCCUCAAGGAGGCCACUGCGGCGUUCAUGGAGUCCGAGAGGUCGCCCUAUGGUAUGCCUACGAAGGAUUCCAGGGUGUCUCCUGGGGAACGCGAACCCGAGAAAUCUAAGGAAGUUAAGAACGACAUGCUCGGUGAGUUCGGCAGGUUCGGGGCUGGCUUAGGCCAGGAGAAGAGGAAGGCCGAAGAGACGGUCUCUUCGAAACCUCAUUCCGGGUAUCCUGCGGAAGAACCCUCGCAAAGGGUGCACGAAACCCCUCAGGAGAAAGAAAUUGCUGGAACCACCAGGUCGGACCCUAACACGAACUUCUUCGAUGAGAAAAUCAGCGAUGCCAAGACCGAGGCACACUUCCUGGGGCCUGUGACAACUUCGGUGCAACCUGUCCCUGAGAAGGCACCGAUCCUCGACUUCUUGAGGGAGGAUCCACCCUCUGAGAGCAAGCGAACCGCCAAGGGCUCCACCGAUGAGGACUCUUGGAACCUUCUGGAGAAGCCGGACAAAAGCGAGGAACGCGACGCCGCCGUCGAGGAGGCUGUCUUCCAGGGCGCGCCGACCAAGCCGCUGCCUCCGCUUCCCAGGGAGGCGAACGCACAAGAAUCGUCUGAUCUUUUCCCUGAAAAGCCUCUUCCUGAUAAAUUCGUCAUGUCGAACGACUUCCUCGGAGCGGAAGCUGCCCGGGGAAGGGCUCCUCAGCACAGUGGCACCGAAUCCGGGGACUCGGAGUUCGAGUCCGAGCCGGAGCCGUCCCCGGCGAAGGUCUCCCUAGGGAGACCCGCGCAACCCGCCCCACCCGCGAGACCCACCGAGAGGAGAGAGGAACCCGCGAAGAUGAAACUCCCCUUGAAGAAGAGGGAAGAGGUCGACGAGAUCGCCCCCAAGCAGAUCUUCAGGGACAUGGGACUCGACGCAUGGUUUAACCCAGAAAGACUGAACCCAAAAGUGGCUGCUCUGAUCUACUGGCGCGAUCCCAAAAAGUCGGGGAGCGUGUUUGGUGCAAUUCUAGGAGUGCUCUUGUCGCUGGCCUACUUCAGUUUGAUCAGCGUCCUCGCUUAUGUGUCCCUUCUCGCGUUAUGUGGCACCAUGUCCUACCGCAUCUACAAGGCGGUCCUCCAGGCCCUCCAGAAGACCUCCGACGGACAUCCGUUCAAGGAGAUCCUUGAAUUAGACGUGACGUUGUCGCCGGAGAAGGUGCGCGAGGUCGCCGACAUCGCCGUGGUGCAUGCAAACGCAGCGAUCGGAGAGCUACGUCGGCUCUUCCUGGUCGAGGACAUGGUCGAUUCGUUCAAGUUCGGAGUCACCUUGUGGUGCCUAACUUACCUCGGCUCCUGGUUCAACGGCAUGACCCUCAUCAUCAUCGGUGUGGUCGCCCUCUUCACGCUGCCUAAGGUGUACGAAACGAAUAAGGCACAGAUAGACCAGAACCUCGCCCUGGUUCAAGGGAAGGUCAACGAGAUCACCGCGAAGGUAAAGGCCGCCAUCCCGUUCGGCAAGAAGAUCGAGCCGACGAAGGAGGAGUAAAAAGUGGGAGCCGCGACUUUUUAUGGAUUCCUGGCGAGCGCGAGAUCGAACUAGGAAAACUUGAGCGUUGGACGGAAACAGAGAGAGAGAGUGAGAGAGAAGGCCAGAAUUUACCGGGGGAAAUAAAAAAGAAGCAAAAGCAAAUGUACCGAGAUAGGAAGAAAAAGAAGAGACGAGGAGGCGUGCGGGAAGAGGUUUCUUCGUCCUUGUGCAUCCGGACGAGGACAACACGACGGAAUAAAUGGAGAACACACGUACACGGAUAAAAUAAAUAGGGACCGUCGAGAGUGCGCUCGAAUUUUCCCGCCGAACGCGGACAAGAUGGCGGCGUCGAGGGGGAAGAAGAAGAAGAAGAACCGCGGAAGAAGUCGGCAUCUAACCGUUACCGAUUAACGAGGGGAAUCAUUAAUAACGAAGUCAUAAACGUUAGGAUUAUUAAGCGUUUCGUUGUUACGGGGCAGGAGAUACGACACGCCGUGUCAGGAGUCAGGGAAAAGAGAUAGGGAAUAAGUAAGGAGGAGGUAAACGUGAGAUCCAAGAUGGCGGCGUCCCCGCUCGAGUUGGCCGAACGGAGGAAGGAUGCGCUAUAGUCCUUCGUGAUAACGGCCCCGUCGCUCCCUUCCUCUCCUCGCGAUCCGUAUCCUUCGACCGAGGGCCGAGAUAAUUACUGGAAAGUCACCGAUUAAGCGGAAAAUAAAGAAUAACUAAGAAAACGGGAUGAGGUAUGUCCCUUCGCACCGUGUCCCACUUCACCGACUAUCACUCGCAUCCAUUAAUCGUGUAUCGUAACGAUAAGUAACUGUCCCUGACUUUUUUUUUUAUAUAUACAUGUAUAGUGAGGGGGAGAGAGAGUAACAGAGAAUUAACGAAAUCUCGAAAUUUCUAUCAGGGAAAAAUGGCGACAUCGAACAGUGUCGAAGCUUGACGAAAUCAUUUCCUUGUCUCUUGUUUUUCUCUUUCCCUACCCCUUUUGUAAAUCUCUUCGGGUCUCAAGGGACGCCUCCACCAACGGGGGUCCUUUACUUCUUUUUCUUUCCUUUUCUUUUCUUUUUCCCCCUCUUCUUUUAAUUCGUUAACGCACUCGCGCGCAGUUGGAGACGCGGAGGAGAGAGAGAGGGAGAUAGGGCGGGAUGAUAAGCGAUUAGAGAUGAAUUUUUUGACUGUCUCUUAAUAUGACGUUGAACGGUUGCGAGAUAUUAUUACCUUUAUCAUUGAUUAUAUAUUGCUAUUAUGAUUGUCAUUGUAAUUAUAUGGCUGAUGUAUUGUAAAGACGGGGGGAACAAAAGGCUUAAAGUUUAACGUACGUCGAGUUUGCGCGUAGAAGAGAGGAACGAGCUGACAGAGAGGGAGAGAGAAAGAGAGAGGUGAUAACCGUAUCGAUGAAGAUGCAACAACUUUAUAUUAUCUAUCUGUAGCUGUCGAAUCACAUGUUUUUAUCGAGACCCUACGGCCAAGUGUUAAGAAUGUGAAAAAAAAAAAAAAACUGUAAUACGCGUACCGCUUCUUCACGUUUCCAUUAUUGCAUCUGCAUCCGCACGAUUAAUUUAUAAAUAAACGAUAUUAAUAAGA